GAGCAGAAUCCAGCUGAUUGUGGUAGCCGAGAAUGCUCAUUUACGAAACUAGACAGUUUGUGGUGGGAUGAACCAUCAUGGCUGUUGGAGAAGGAGAAUUGGCCGAUUGACAUCAUAACAACACCUUCAGUGGAGUCGGAGUCAGAAGCGAAGCGAAUCAAGGAAGUCCUUGCAGUAGCAAUUAACAAAAAGGAAGAUUCUACUUUACAACCCCUGUUAGCAAAGUAUGAAUUGCGGAAGGUAAUUCGAAUAUCUUCAUGGAUAUUACGCUUUAUCACCAACUGCCGCCAGGGUGGUGUACAUGGUCCAUUAACAACUGAAGAGGUGAAUCAAAGUAAACGAUUGCUAAUCAAAGUAACUCAAGAGAAAUUUGAAGAUUCUGAAGAUUUUACGGAAGACAAACUUCGUUUAAAUUUGCAAAAGAACGUUGAUGGAUUGUUCGAAUGUAGAAGUAGAAUACAAGGUCACUAUCCUUUGUACCUACCACAAAAGUCCUUGUUAACUGAAAAGAUUGUCAUGGAAGCCCACAAAAGAACGCUCCAUGGGGGAGUAUCACUGAGUAUGGCGGAAGUUAGACGGGAAUAUUGGAUACCCCGAUUGAGGCAAUUUACAAAGAGAAUCAGACACAAAUGUCAUGGAUGUAAGGGACAUCGUGCCAUUGCCUUUACUGAACCACCACCAGGAUUAAUCCCCAAGGGUAGAGUGGAAGGAACGAAAGUCUUCGAAGUAAUCAGAGUGGAUUAUGCAGGACCACUUAUAUGUCAAGUAAGUAACAAUGAAGAAGAAAAGGCUUAUAUUCUUCUGUUUUCAUGUAGCCUUUCCAGAGCAAUUCAUCUCGAAUUAUUACCAGAUCAGACAACUGAAGGAUUUAUCCGAAGUUUAAAGAGGUUCACAGCCCGAAGAGGAAGACCAAGGAAAAUAUACUCCGAUAAUGCAAAAACUUUCGAGUCUGCUGCAAGAUGGCUACACAAGAUUAUGAACAGUGAAAGAUUGAACGAUUAUCUUGCAAGAGAAGAAAUUACAUGGCAGUUCAAUCUAAGUCGUGCUCCUUGGUGGAGUGGGCAGUUUGAGCGUUUGGUUGGUCUUGUUAAGCAAGCGAUGUACAAGUCUAUUGGAAGAACUUCUUUAUCAUUUAGUGAGUUGGAGGAUGUAUUGCUUGAUGUUAAACAAACUCUCAACAACAGGCCCUUAUCAUACGUCGAAGAUGAUAUUCAACAAGAAAUUCUUACGCCCAACAGCUGGAUAUUUGGACAAAUCAAUCGAGUUCCAACUGAAGAAGAUAAGCAUGAUGUCGAGAAAGGAGAUCUGCGGAAGAGGUUUAAAUUUAUUCAAAGAUGUAAGGAAGCUACAUGGCAGAGAUGGUCUCAAGAGUAUGUGAGAUCACUUCGAGAAAGACAUAACUUGAAGCACGAGCUGAAGAGAGAAGAACCGAAACCUGGAGAUGUCGUGAUGAUCAAGGGAGACAGAAAGAACAGAGGAAAAUGGACAAUUGGUGUCGUAACGAAUACCUUCGUUGGCAGAGACAGGAUUACAAGAGCGGUAGAACUACGAACGAGCAAGAACACCUUAGAACGAGCGGUUCAACAUCUGUAUUCCUUAGAACUUUCAUGCGACAUCGCACCGAAAAACGACAACGUAACGUCAACCUUGAAUGCUGAAGCGAACGAAUUUCGACCGAAACGAAAUGCAUCUGCUACAGCGAGAGUUCAGAUUGAAAACCAAGCUGACUUCAAGAUGAAUCAGUAAAUCAAUACGAGAAAUUUAUUUACCACAAAACAAUUGUUAGUUAUUAGAACUUAUUACUAGAAAUUUAUAUUUUGUGUUCAUUAUGACGAGACGGAUUAUUUGCAGAACCUUUUUCUAGGAAAACAUUAGUCCUUGUUAGUUACGGCUAGCCGCCUGCUAGAAAUGACUAACAUCGGCUAUUAUGUUCGUUUUGUCCAUAUUUGAUGCAAGGUGUCAUCAAAUAAGGGAAGUGUGUCGCGAGUUAUUCGUUGAUCACGUGAUCUGCUGUGUGAUCUCGGCUGCUGUGCAGUUGUCACGAGCUAAUGGUGACGUAAAGAGUUCGAGGCCGCUUUCUAAUAGGAAGAAGUGAUUUUACGUGAGUUGUAAAAAGUGAGCUUUGUUAAGUUGUAUAUAUAAGAAGAAGAGUAUGUAGAACCAUUUCGGAGUAAUUAUUGUCGUGACUCGACGCAAGAUCCCGACACUUGUAACCUUCAUUCUUUAUUAAUAACUUAACAGUUCUUCUAGAGGUUUUCACGAUCAAUGGCUUCUUCUAAAGAGUUGUUGGCAAACAGAGACUCAAAAUCUAGAUUGUCCAUGACAAAAAUGAUUGACGUUUUGUGUACCAAUAGUUUUACCAUAUUUAGACAUACUAUCGUUACAACUGCGAAUUUGAUAAGUUAAUACUGUUAAUAAAUGUUUGCCUACGUGUAGUCAUUUUUCCUUCUGCACUGCGCAUGUCUUCGUUUUUUAAGUUUAAAGACACAAAGUUCCUAGCUCCUCACUAUCAAAUGUCGUUUAUCACUUAAGUGUGGUAGCUGCAAUGCUUUUUAUACUUGAGGUCAGGCCACUAUUUGGGCGUUUUUUCUAUUUGGGCGUUUUUUCUAUUUGGGCGUUUUUUCUUUGACAGGUAAGCCUAUUCAGUCAUCACAGCCCAUUGCCGUCAAGGAACAUACACUUAUCGUGGAUUACCGUCUUUUAAGAAUAUCACGGUCAUUACAGCUGCACCCAAUAAUUUCGUAUUAGGGUUUAAUGAUUCACAGAGAUGAAUUCCACUCAAUAGAAAUAUAGAUUCAGCGCCAUUAUUAUUUGAUAAAUACAAUUGAAAAUUAAUUAUUAUUACUGUUAUUUAGCUAGUUUUCACGUGUGUUUGGUAUAGAAUCCUAAAUUUUCACCCUUGUAACCUUUUUUUCUAUGCUAACCGGGGGGACCCGUCGACGAAACGCCGGAUUAAUUCACAAGUGAAAGUGUUAACCAGCGGAAGAAAAUGUGCCGGUAAACUUUGUCGUUUGUACACACUGAUUUAAAUCGGAACAAUUGUCAAAUUUAACCCUUUUUUGAUAUUUGCGGACCAUAUAUAUUGGUAACUUUACAUGUAAAAAUUGACUUAUAAUAUCUUUUUAUCAUAUUUUCUUAAGAAAGUUUUUUUGAUAUCUCACAUGAUAAGUGUUAUGUAAAGACCAAUCAUGCUUAAUUAUUUAAAAUGUUCGCUUUAGACUUGUGUUUGCUUCAGCAAGAGAAGGUCAUAUGCCUGGAUUACUUGCUAUGGUUCAUAACAAAAGAAACACACCAUUACCUGGACUUGUAUUCUCUUGCGCAAUAUCGUGUAUUAUGCUUAUGCCAGAAUCAUCAAACUUUAACGCCAUUAUCGCUUACUUCAACUUUGCAGCAUGGGUAUUUCGUGACGCCACAUUUGCAGCGCUAAUAUGGUUACGCUUCAAAAAACCAAAGAAGAAGCGUCCAUUCAAGGUAGAUAUAUGUAACAGUUUUUAACCCUUAGAAAGAAUGUCAAACUGUAAAGAUGUCUACAAUUUCACU